AUGGUUCUUCCUCGCGCCGCGCUUCGGUCGCAGCUAUCGGUCGUUAGCACCCCCGUGUCGCUAUGCCGGCGAAUCCAUUCAUCGCCGUUCAGAUCGGCCGUCGCACACCCCGUCACAGCACACGGCCCUCCUCCUAAAGCCCCGGAUGCUUCGCCAGAGUUCAAGGAAUCAACAGGGUUAAAUUCUCAAGCAUCCGAGGCCGAAUUAAAGCGCACCCCCACACUUACUGCCGCGCUCAAGAAGCGCUUUUGGAAGGAUGUCCAUGUGAACGCAAAGCCCGAUGAGUACGAAGUCCUGCUCGACAAGCGACCCGUGAGAACGCCCUCGAAAGAAGUGCUCUCCAUUCCUCCGACGAAGCCUCACCUCGCUCAUGCCAUUGCUCUCGAAUGGGAUGUGAUGACAUCCGCGCAACAGGCCCUGAAAAGUCACCUCAUCCCCAUGACCUCCCUCGCUGCCCGUGCCGCUGAUAUUGCCCGCGAAGACGCCCAGGGCAUGGAUACCACCCGAAGCCAAAUCAUCAAAACUGCCAUGCGUUAUCUAGACACCGAUACCCUUCUCUGCUGGGAGCCCGAGCGGAGGGAAUCUCACUGGUUGGAGCGCAAGUCGGACGAGACUGUCGAGCGUACUGAGACUCUACGGGAUAUUCAAAUGCGCGUCGCCAAGGAUAUCAUGGCCUUCUUGUCUACCAAGGUCUGGCCCGGUCUCGAGAUUAUUCCUAUUCUUGACUCGGAGAGCAUCUUGCCUCUCUCUCAGCCUAAGGCUACGAAGGAGAGUAUUCGCACUUGGGUUUCGGAGCUAUCUCCUCAUGACCUGGCCGGUCUUGAGCGUGGCAUCCUUGCCUCCAAGAGUCUUCUCAUCGCGGUUCGUCUGUUGACGGAGUGGAGUGAGAACUUCCGUCACAUCCAGCGCCACGACGUGAACAAGUUUGGCCUUGAGGAGGCGGCUGAGGCCGCGAACUUGGAGGUGAAAUGGCAAACCGACAUGUGGGGUGAGGUGGAAGAUACUCACGAUGUUGGCCGGGAGGACUUGAAGCGACAAUUGGGCAGUGUUGUUGUUUUGAUUCUAGACGGAUUGAUCUUAAUCUCGAAGCAAGUGCACAAGCGCUCUCGAAGUGCCAUAGCACUUGCCCUCCUCCACCGCGAUAAAUCCAAGGGCGAAGACAAGGAAAUGGACGACGAUAACAACUCGGUGACUUCUGCCUCUUCGAAUGGCGCCUCCUUGAAACAUACCCGUAGCGGCAGCCGUCGCAAACAAACCCAAGACCCGAGUCCUCCCCCGGCUAUUCAAGAGUCCAACGAGGAAAUGGACACAGUGGAAGACCUGCCCUCCUUGACUCAGAUGGAAAAUGGCAGCAUGUCUUUGGAGCAGUCAGUUCGCACAUUUCGUCUGUUCGAGAUCCUGCGCAGCGGUGAUACCACUGCGAUCUCCAAGGCCAUCAAUGAUACCGCAGACCCACAGGGUGUGAAUGGUCUGAACGGAACCACCGUCCUCCACCUGGCUCUGCAAUGCGCCGAGCCGCAGGUCGUGGAAUAUGUGUUGUCCGCCGCAGAGGGCUUGGAUAUAAACUCGCGAGACCGUGAGGGAAACACGCCACUCCACAUUGCGGCCCAGCUGGGCCGGGGCCCUUUGGUUCGUGAAUUGCUGAACAGGCCGCUCAUCAAUGAUGCCAUUAUCAACUAUCGAGGUCAGACGGCGCUGGAUAUGGCUCGUACCCCGGAGAUCUUCCAGCAGCUUCAACUUUCACGGUCUCUCUUCAUCGACAGCAAGAACCAAGAAAUCCAGUCCUUGAUCGCAAACGCUGAUUACAAGAAUCUGGAAUCCCUGCUGGAGGAACCUCGCGUUGAGGGUAUCAUGGAUGUGAACAGCCAAGAGUUGGUUACCGAUCGGACCACCGUCCAGUCUGGUGGUACCUUACUGCACGAGGGUGCCAGGAAUAAAGAUGCGCAGCUCAUUGAGAUUCUUCUGACGCAUGGCGCUGAUCCAUUCCGUCGUGACAAGAAGGGAAAGCUUCCACAGGAUGUCACCAAAGAUGAUAAGACUCGUGCACUCUUGAAGAGAUCUCCGGCUGCUGUCAUUGCUCAACGUGGUAUCCAGGAGAAGGCUAUUCUUGGAAAUACCAAUGCUCAGGGACUUGCUGGCCGUGCCUCUAUUGGCGAGGCGCCAUUAGCGGGCAAGGAUGCCCGUGAGAUGAGAGGCUAUCUAAAGAAAUGGACCAAUUAUACUACUGGGUACAAGCUGCGCUGGUUCGUUCUGGAGGAUGGAGUUUUGAGUUAUUACAAGCACCAGGAUGACGCAGGAUCUGCCUGCCGUGGUGCAAUUAAUAUGAAAAUUGCUAGACUUAAUAUGGACGCACAAGAUAAGACACGCUUUGAAAUUCAUGGCAAAUCAUCCGUCAAAUAUCAUCUGAAGGCCAAUCAUGUUGUCGAGGCAAAACGCUGGUUCUGGUCUCUCAACAAUGCCAUCCAGUGGGCUAAAGAUGAGGCAAAAGAGGAAGAGCGACAGCGUUCGAAGAAUGCAGAUCUCCUCCGCCAAGCUAAGAUUGAUCAGACUGAAGGACGUGCCGCAGACACUCCUUCUGAAUCUGGUCUUUCUCACAAGCCCAGCACCAAGGGUCUGGCACCACCAUCUCUGGGAGGUGCUAGUAGCAGUGGCACGAGGUUGAGCACAUAUGCAUCUCGCACCACCCUCGAUAUUCCGGGGGGAGACGAAGACGGUUCCGUUUACGGUGGCUCAUAUGAUCCUCCCAAUGACAUGAACAGAUCUAUCAGCCAUGUGACGACUGCGCCUGAAGGAGACGACGACGAAGAAUUUGUCGAUUAUGCUUCCAGCCAUGAGCACGAGAUGCCGGCAACUGAUAAGGAUGCUUUGAAUAUCACUGCACAGUCCGCAAAGCUACAAUUGGACCUUCUUGCAAAUGUAGCCGCUUCUCUGCAAUCCGAAAAAGCCAAGAACCCGGAAAUGACGAUUGCGGAUCCUGCCCUUGAACAGGCUCUCGGUGCUUAUGAAGCUGCGGUCAGCAGCCUGAAGGGUCUGGUGCAAAACCUUCUUAAAAUCUCAAGGGACCGAGACCAGUACUGGCAGUCCCGUCUCAGCAGAGAAGAAUCCAUUCGUCAGAUGUGGGAAGAAAGCAUGGCUCGUGUGGCUCGUGAGCAUGAAGAACUGCAGUCCAAGAUGGGCGAGUCUGAAGAGAAGCGAAAGCGGACCAAGCGAGCUCUGAAGGAGGCCCUGGAAAGUGCAACUGGCAGCAGUCGUUCCAUUGGCGGACCUUCCCGUGUCCCAACUGAGGGCCCGAGUUUGGAAGCAAGCCAAACCGAGGCCGGUGCUCCAGAAAAGGCCAACGAAGAAGAGCAGCCUGUUGAGCCAGCACAAAUUAAGCCUGCUCUCAGCAGGAGAACCUCCAACAUUAGCAGUCUCUAUAAUUCAGAGUCGGACGGUGAAGAAUUCUUCGAUGCUAUCGAUGCUGGUGAGAUUGAGGUAGAAGACUUCAACAGGACUGAGGACCACGAGGUCAAAGAGCCCAAGGAUGAGAGCGCCGAGCUUCGUGCUGUCAAGUCUUCUUUCAUCAAGCCUUCCUUCAAGGGUUACGAAGAGCCCGUGAGAGAGCGCCUUAAGAUGGAUGCUGAUGACAGGCCUAAGAUUUCUCUUUGGGGUAUCUUGAAAUCCAUGAUUGGAAAGGACAUGACGAAGAUGACUCUUCCGGUGUCCUUCAACGAACCAACCUCGUUGCUUCAGCGUGUGGCCGAGGAUCUCGAAUACACUGACCUCCUCGAUAUUGCUGCUGAUCGGACUGACUCCAUGGAGCGUCUGGUGUAUGUUGCCACGUACGCUGCCAGUGAGUAUGCCUCAACUAUUGGCCGUGUGGCGAAGCCCUUCAACCCUCUGCUUGGUGAAACGUUUGAGUAUGUCCGUCCGGACAAGGGAUAUCGAUUCUUCGUGGAGCAAGUCAGCCACCACCCUCCAAUUGGUGCUGCGUGGGCUGAGUCGCCUAAAUGGGACUAUUGGGGCGAAUCUUCUCUCAAAUCCAAGUUCUACGGUAAAUCCUUCGAUAUCAACUUGCUCGGUACAUGGUUUUUGAAGCUGCGACCCUCCUCCGGUGGAGAAGAGCUCUACACUUGGAAGAAGGUGACUUCAUCAGUCAUUGGUAUCAUCACGGGUAAUCCUACAGUCGACAACUACGGUCUGAUGGAAAUCAAGAACUGGACCACCGGUGAGGUCUGCUAUCUCGACUUCAAGCCUCGCGGCUGGAAGGCCUCCUCGGCCUACCAGGUAACGGGUAAGGUUGUCGAUAGCGAGGGCUCCCCGAAGUGGAGUAUUGGUGGUCGCUGGAACGACAAAAUAUAUGCUCGCCACACACCAGGCUUUGAGGCUCCAGUCUCUGGUCAGGAUCCAGAGUCUUCCAAGACCUUCCUGGUUUGGCAGGCUCAUGCUCGUCCCACGGGCGUGCCUUUCAACUUGACUCCAUUCGUCAUCACGCUCAACGCUCUCCCUGAGGGUCUGACGAGUUGGCUUCCCCCUACCGAUACCAGAUUGCGUCCUGAUCAGCGUGCCAUGGAAGAUGGUGAAUAUACAUUGGCUGCCGAUGAGAAGCACCGUGUUGAGGAGAAGCAGCGAGCCAGACGCAGGGAUCGCGAGACCAAUGGUGAAAUCUACUCGCCGCAAUGGUUCGUUCGUGACCAGUGUCCUGUCACUGGUGAAGAGUUCUGGGCUCACAAUGGAAAGUAUUGGGAGUCCAGGGAUGCUCAGGAUUGGAGUAUAGCCGAGGAUAUCUUCUGA